AUGCACGACGCGGUCAGUCGCAACGCGAGAGGAGAAAAUUUGAACUCGAAAAGACAUGCAAGGCAUUUUCCGGAUGGCGUGUCGUCAGAGCAAAGCAAGAACACAAAGAAGCGUCCGUUGGUGUUUAAAGAGAAUACGACGCCGCUUAAUCCGACCCUUUCUGACUUCAACCGCUAUUCGUUUCCAUUGUCGGCUUGCUCGCCAAGUGGAAAGCCUAGCAAGACCUUUUCAGACGCUCUGAACGAGAGCAUCAACUUACAGCGGCAGGAAAAACGAGCCGUCUCGCUUAUGCCCGAGAUUUUACUACACUCUGCCGUUUUGGAUAACAACGUUGAGGACAUUUUAAAACUUAUCAAGGUUGAAGGUGUUGACGUGAACCGAGGCGCUCAGCUGGGACUAUUUUCGCUGCAUCACGCCGCGUUCUCGGGAAUGGAAGAAGUCACAGAAAUUUUGGUCGAAAACGGUGCGGAUUUGAACAUUACAACUCCCGAGGGAUUUACUGCACUCGAGGCGGCUGUUUGCGCAGGCAACUUCGAAUGCGCAGAAAUCCUGAUAAAAAACGGUGCGCCCGUUGACAGCAUCAAAGAUGGAUUUGUUGACCGAAGUUUUUGCAAUUUCGUCGGCGGUAAUUCGGUGUCAGCGUAA